AUGUAUACCGAUCCCUUCCGGAUCUGUCCCGACCUCGAACGUGCUGUCUCAUACCCUUACAACCCUCUGCACAAUGAAGUUGAACAAGAGGGAACUCCGGUGCCUGGCCGGAGACCGAUAAAAGUGAUAUCAUCUAUAUUGUUGAGUGGAAUCUUUGUUUUAGCUUUGGUAAUGGUGUUUCUCUGUGUUCAAAGAUCACAAGAGCCAUUAACAGAUGUAAUGGAAAGGAAUCAUCAUCACUCACUUCCAUCUUCUACACCUGUGGGGGUAUCACGUGGGGUAUUGGAAGGGGUGUCGGAGAAGACUUUCCGUCUCUAUUCUAACAAAGGAGGAGUCACGUAUCCAUGGACCCAACCCAUGUUGUCUUGGCAGAGAACGGCUUACCAUUUUCAACCCGAAAAGAACUGGAUGAAUGAUCCUAAUGCGCCAAUGUAUUACAAUGGAUGGUACCACCUAUUCUACCAAUACAACCCUGAGAGUGCAGUGUGGGGCAACAUAACGUGGGGCCAUGCCAUCUCAAAGGACCUCAUCAACUGGGAGAAUCUUCCUUUUGCCAUGGUCCCUGAUGAAUGGUACGAUAUCAACGGUGUCUGGACCGGUUCGGCCACGCUGCUCCCCGAUGGUUCUAUCGUCGUCCUUUAUACCGGCUUCACCAAAGACAAGGUUCAGGUCCAGAACCUGGCCUACCCGGCCGACCCCUCAGAUCCUCGUCUCAUCCACUGGGUUAAGUAUCCCGGCAAUCCGAUCCUGGUUCCACCGCCCCAUAUUCGCGACUUGGACUUCCGAGAUCCCACCACCGCCUGGUUCGGUCCCGACGGCCAUUGGCGCGUUGCUAUCGGCUCCAAGAUCAACGAUACCGGCAUUUCUCUAGUGUAUCAUACCACCAACUUCACCACCUACGAGCUUUUGGAUGGACUGCUCCAUGCCGUUCCCGAAACCGGAAUGUGGGAAUGCGUGGACUUCUAUCCUGUCUCAACCACGGAAAAGAAAGGCCUGAACACGUCGGACAAUUGGCCUGGAGUGAAGCAUGUGCUCAAGGCCAGCCUCGACAACACUAAGAUAGAUUACUACGCGCUCGGAACUUACUACGUAGAGAAUGAUACAUGGAUCCCAGACAAUGAAAUGGCGGAUGUGGGAUUUGGGUUGCGCUAUGAUUAUGGUAAGUAUUAUGCUUCCAAGACAUUCUACGAUCAAAACAAGCAGAGAAGAGUGUUGUGGGGUUGGAUUGGUGAGAGCGACAGCGAGGACGACGACAUAAAGAAGGGCUGGGCAUCAGUUCAGAGCAUUCCAAGGGUGGUGCUGUUUGACCAGAAGACUAGGAGCAAUCUACUUCAAUGGCCAGUGGAGGAGGUGGAGAACUUGAGAUCGAAUCUUAAGGAAUUUAACAAAGUGGUAGUCGGACCUGGAACAGUCGUGCCACUCGACGUCGGCACAGCGACACAGUUGGACAUAAGUGCCGAGUUUGAGAUAGACGGUAAGGCAUUAAAAGGGGCCACCAGAGAUGACAUUGUUGGUUACAACUGCGUCGUGGGUGGUGGAGCUGCCGGAAGAGGCACCUUGGGACCCUUCGGCAUCUUGGUUCUGGCAGAGGACAGCCUAGCCGAGCAAACACCUGUAUACUUCUACAUUUCCAAGGACAGUGGUGGUGAAUAUAGGACCUUCUUCUGUGCCGACCAAUCAAGGUCUUCUCUGGCCCCUCAUGUUGGUAAAUUUGUCUCCGGCAGCUUGGUUCCUGUACUUGAAGGCGAAAAGUUAACCAUGAGGAUACUAGUUGAUCAUUCGAUAGUGGAAAGCUUUGGCCAAGGUGGGAGGACUGUCAUCACAUCAAGGAUAUACCCAACAAAAGCAAUAUACGAGUCAGCUCGGGUUUUCUUGUUCAACAAUGCUACAGAGGCCAACGUCACUGCGUCACUCAAGAUUUGGCAGAUGAACUCUGCUGCUUUCAUAAAUUCCCCCCCACCCCUUGUAUCCAUUUUCAUUAUUUCAUUCUUUUAUAUUUUGCAGUUGGGCCAAUUUCCGUUUUUGUUCUAG